CGAGGAGCAAUACUUACGAUAAGUAGAAGUAGAAGUGAAAAUCCAAUAACAGACUGUUAUACUUUGGCAAUGAGUGCAAAGUAGGGGAUUCGAUCGGAAGAGAGAGUUUGUUCAGAGAGACAGCGAGACUCGACGUCAAGAUCGUGAUUAGUCAUUUUCUCAGUGCGACAGCUUACAGUCAUGAUUUCGGCGAAAACUCUUCUCAACUUUGGGGUGUUCAUCACUCUCGUCAUCAGGCCGCGAGUUCGUGCAGUACUGGUCAAUUAUGAAAAGCCAUUUCCUCAUCGUUUACCAAUACGCGAAGUAUCUCGAGUCUCAUUCACGCAGUAUUCAGAUGUGCCCAUGCUGAGCUUGGAAGAAAUAAAAGAAGGUUUCCCGUUUUUGAAAAUACAAUCUGAUAGUACAGCUGAUCGCACAAAUACGAGGCGCUCCUUCAAUACUAGACCACAAUAUGUAUUUUAUGAUGUGCCGACGGAACUUGCCUCAAAUACCGGUGGUAUCUCGGAUUUCCACCAUAGUUAUGGAAAUCGCAAGCCAGUCUCAGUAUCAGAUAAACGCUACCCUUUUGAAAGUGAAAUUAAUCGUAGCUUACAAGGAAAAACGGUUAAUUCAAAGGGAUUGACAAGACAAACUGAGCCGGUUAAUUCCAGACUGGACAGAAGGCUCGUAAUCCCUAAAGCUGAGGGUUCAAUGGGAUUCGCAGGUUUAUUCAAAGACAAUCCACAGCCAUAUCAACGGUACAUAGAACACUAUAAUAAUGGAAGAGACAAGGAAUUAAAGUCCAAUACCAAAACGAUUAACAGUGAUAAUCAGUUUGUGCAUGUACCAAACGAAAAAUUAAAGGAUAGAGACUUCUCGGAUGAAACACACAUUUUGCAAAUCUCGGAGACUAGAGCCAUACCUAAACGUUCGUACCCUAGAGUCCCAUCUCGUUAUGUACAGCCACCAAUGAUGGAGUACGAGAAUAAGGAGUUUUGGGUAAAGGACAAGCGGAAAUCAAAACGACCAACGGUCGACUCGGCCACGAACAAAGAGAGGUUGAAAAAUCACAGAAACGUCAAUCAGAAAAAAUCAAAAGAAACAAGCUCAGUAAAUAAAACACCCUUGAAAAAUCACCGUCCGGUAUAUGACAGAGAGCAUGAUCCGGAGGAACUCACCGAGAGCUCAACAAAUGGCAAAGUAGCGGAAAGAUUACACAAACGUCCAAAAGAAGAUCCAAAAAAUACGUCCACGCUGUCACAAGAUGGAGAUCGAAUAGAAUUUCAAAUACAUGGCCACGAAGGACCAGAGACGUACAUCUUUGGUUACGAUACUGGCGAUGGGAAGAACAGGCAUUUUCGCCUGGAAGAACGCCUUCGAGACGGAUCGGUGAAAGGACAUUAUGGAUACUACGAUGCAAACGGAAAGUUGAAAAUGGUCGAAUACAGAGCCAGGCCGAUAGGAGGCUAUGUAGAAAAACACCACAAAUCCAAUGAUCAUGAGCAUGAGAAGACAUGAAACACGAAAAUGUAAUUGUUAUAUACAAGUAACGCUUGGUGAUUUGUUGUAUAGUCAAUUCUAAUUAUAGUUUUUGAUAUGCCUAAU